CCUGGAUCCGUAUGCCAAGAGCACCCCCUGACCAACUCCUGAUUUCUGAGAGACGAGUUGGACGAGCUCAGGACCAUUCUAGUGCUGUGCGACAUGGCCCUGCAGGCAUGGGACUGGGAGGAAGAGGAGAGAGCAAGCCCGAGGCCCCUCUCCACGGUCAGUGAUUACCACUCAGCGAGCGAAUGUGAGACGGAGGAGUACCUGAAGUCCAGGACCCCAGGCAAUGAGUGGGACUCCGAGGACCAGUUCAGCAGCCUGCAUUCCUCAGAGGGGCCUGCCUGCAUCUCUAACUCUGAUGUGCCCCAGAUUGUCCCCUGCAAAUUCGUGAUUUCACUGGCCUUCCCCUCACUACUGGGUAAUAAGGGAAAACCCACCAAUGUACCUGAUAAAAAGAAGGCCGCUAAAUCAGAAAACCAAAACCGGACUGGGAAGGCUCGUCAGUUCUACCACAUCGAGUAUUUUUUCCUGCCCGAUGACAUAGAACCCAAAAUAGUUGACAUCGUGGUGUUUCCUAACGUAGCCAAAGUGUUUCUGGAUUCAGGAAUAAAGGCUAUAAAGCCAUGGAAAGAUGACGACAAAUUCUGGGUGUCAUGGAGCCAAACGUUUCAUGUCAACAUGACAAAGGAACUGUUAAAGAAAAUGAAUUUCCACAAAAUCACUCUGAAGCUCUGGGAUACCAAGGACAAAGUCUCAAAAAAAGUCAGGUACCACCGGGUGAAGACAUCGGCAUAUUUGGAGGACUCAGACUCCUUUGGUAAGUUGGAAGUGAAAAAUUUGGUUUUGAGUCAGAAGAGGCUGUCUGUAAUUGUCGAUGGCAAAGUCAACAUUGUCCCUGAAGAGUCGAAAGAGGAGAAUGUACCAGGUGACCAAGAAAAGGCAGAAAAACACUCUAAAUUUCCACAAGGUGAGGAGUGA